GAAAGAAAGAAAUAAAGAAGAAAAGCAUUUGGGAUUUCUCUCUCAGCCCUCUCCAACUCGCCUAGCUUCCCCUCUUGCUGCCCGUCGUCGAGAAAUCAAUCAUGGGAGGCUGUGCGAGCAAACCCAAGGAUUUGGACACCCAGGAGGCACCUGCUCCGGUCGAGAAACCUAUCGACACCACCGAGAAGGCUGAGAAGACCACCGAGACAAAAACCCAAGAGCCUCUGGUAGAUCUUUCUGAGGCCCCCAAAGUUGAGGAAGCGGCUGCAGAAUCAACAAAGCCCGAAGAAGCUGCUUCUCAGGAGGAGGAGGAGAAGGAGACGGAGAAGGAGAAGGAGACGGAGAAGGAGGCCGAGGCCGCUGAAUCAUCAGAAGCCACUUCUUCUGCUCAAGAGAUCAACAAGGCUGAGGAGCCACAAGAAAAGGAAGACAAGAAAGAUGAGGCUGCCCCUAAACCCCAGGACAACUGAUCACGCAUCUUUCUAGUUAGCGUGCCAGGAAUUACCAGAUAGGGUUUGUUUGUAUCGGGUGGACGUGAA